UUGCGAGCCAGCUGAUUUGACAGCAGACGACGAAGUCUGCUUUGAAACUUGUUAAAAUCCGAGUUUGAAAAAAAGAUACAUCAACAGAAGAUCAACAGCAUCGGUGAUAAAAAAGUGAAAUAUCAAAUGAAAGUUAUGAAAGAGUAAAUUCAAAUCGUCGACUAGGCUACAGUUAUAAUAGUAGCAAAUUUAAAACUGAGUACCGACAGCUUUCAGGCUUUUUCUGAUUUCGCGCUCAUUUGGAUAUGUUCUUACGAUUUAGCCUGCACCGAUAAGUCACUGGGCUAAACAGAAUUGGCUUAACUCCAAUAUUUGUUGCGUAUUACGUGCAUUCGCCGAUCGUCGGUCAUCCACUUAAUCUGGAUUUAAUAUACACGUAGACAAUAAUAAUAAUAAUAAUACUCUUAGGUCAAGAGUUAACACGGAAGAGAAGAGAAACCCUUCGGAUAAAGCUUUGCAUCCCUUAUUAAAGCGAACGCAAAGGAGUAAUUUCGAAGAGGUGGAGUAAUUGGAGGAGAGCUGGGAUCGGAUACCAUGGAAGAUGAAUUAGAAGACAAAGUUCUGUAUCAGACAUAUGUGUCGCAUAUGAAACUCAUAUCUAAAUUUGCCGUAGGUUUACCUACAGGGUUUAAUGCUGGCACUAAUACACCCAUUGGAUAUUUGUGGAGAAUAAUGCGCAUCUACGUUCUCAAGCCUGAAGUCCUAGUCUGUGGAGCGGUCCUUAUCGUCAUGCUAUUUUAUCUGCAAGCCGUUGACGUAUGGAGCAGAACUCUCCUGGGCAGAAUCCAGUACACCCUUGGCCGAUCGACUUCCAAGGUUUCAAAACUCCAAUUCUUGGUGAACAGUUCUGUGAACAGUGGGGAGAAACUCAGUUGGGAAUUAAAGGAGGGUUACAUAUCUGCGUAUGCCGUGCAAGGCCGAAGAGCAAGAAUGGAGGAUCGAUUCGUAAUCAAUAACGACAUAAACUCUACUGGAGUCUCACUGUUUGCUGUUUUUGAUGGACACGGAGGAGAAUUUGCUGCUAAUUAUGCUAGAGACAAACUAAUCCCUAACAUCAACAACAAGGUCAUUGAACUGAAAGACAUGAUCGCUGGUAAGCCCUCAAAAUCAAAAGUUGAGAAAACUGAUUUGAUCGACAAAGAGAAAUCAAAAACUGGUGAAAAGGAUAAGAAUGAAGGGAUCAGCGCCUUGGAACGCAAGAAGUCUUUCCGCAAAACUGCGAGUACCUCCUUAACUGAUGAAUCUAUGAUUAAAACUGUGGGUGUUACCGAUCCUGAACUGCUUAAUAAAUUAGAAAGUCUGGUUCGCCCUAUCACCAGAGAGGUAAGACCUAAUCUACACGGUGAAAAACCACUACCAAAAAUAGACACUGCUAGCUACAUCGACGGAGACAAAAUAAACUAUGGUAGAUUACUGACAGACGAAGUCCUUGCUGUAGAUAGGCUGUUGGUGAGUGCUGCCAAGAAGAACAUGGAUGUUGCUGGCACAACGGCAUUGAUAGCACUGCUAGAAGGCAACAAGCUUAUUGUGGCUAAUGUCGGAGAUUCACGGGGGGUGAUGUGCGAUUCAAAAGGUAAUGCGAUUCCUCUGUCGUUUGACCACAAACCACAACAGCAAAGGGAAAGGAUGCGGAUCAAGGAUGCAGGGGGUUUUGUCACAUUCAAUGGCGUCUGGAGAGUGGCUGGAAUCUUGGCAACCUCCAGGGCUCUCGGAGAUUAUCCUUUAAAAGAUAAAAAACUUGUAAUCGCUGAUCCUGAUAUUCUGACAUUCGAUUUGAGCGAUCACAACCCGAUGUUCCUCAUACUGGCGUCCGAUGGACUCUGGGACACAUUCAGUAACGAAGAAGCUGUUGCUUUUAUAAAGGAACGUAUUAACGAGCCCCAUUAUGGUGCCAAAAGUAUUACUCUACAGAGUUAUUACAGAGGAUCGUUGGAUAAUAUCACGGUAGUAGUAAUCAACUUGAAAGAACGUAAGUACAGCGUGGCGACAGCUAAACGAGCGUAAUGAAGUUGGCAGGUAAGACUGCAGGCUUUUCAAUAUUGUAAAAAACAUAUCUAGAGUUCAAUUUUUCUAGUCAUUUACGCAGCUCCUAAAAGAUACAUUGCUAAAAGUGUUUUGAAUUUUUCUAUAAUAAAGCUCAAAAAUUUUCAAAAUGAUCAAAGACGUUGCGGGAUACUCGAAUAAAGUUGUAAAGAUUAAGCCCUUACUUUUCGAAUAUCUUCCAAAAAGCCAAAGAACAAAAAUAAGGAAUUUCAAAAAUUUUGUUUCAAAUACACCUUAUAAUAUUUGAAUCAUUCAUACCUAACUGUGCUUUCUGCUGUUACUAUAUCUUAUGCAUGAGCUUACUCAUUGCUCUAAAAUUUAUAAUGUUGAUAACAUUAUGCUACUGAAUUUCAUAAUAAAUUUAUUUAUUCAAUGAAAUUCUUCUCGAAGUGGCAAACGGCUCAAUACGUUUUGUUCAGUUCCUAAAAAAGCAUACUCACAGUCAUAGUGUUAUCGAAUACACGAAGGAUUUAAGUAAGAAUAUAUAUUAUAAAUGUUGCUGAAUUUUUUUGUUAUUUUUUCGUUAUAAGACUACACACAAAUUAUUAAUUCCAAUUUUUCUUGUUCGCCAUCUAAAGCAUUUAGGCGUUAUUUAAAGUAUUAUACAUAUGAAGAAAAAUAUUAUUAUUAAAGGUUGUUGGAAUAUUUUGUCAGCGUACAUUCAACAUAUCAGCUCUCAAAAAUCUUGCCAGAUUAAAAGUUCUUAUCCCAAAAGUUGCCUUAUUUAUGCUAUUUUUAAGUGCAAUAAGUACAAAGAAAGGAAGUUCCAAGGAAUCAGCUAGAUAUUCAAUCAUUAUAGAUCGUUUGAGAAACGCAUAUUUGUAGUAUGUAUUCAUUGAGGUACGGAAAAAAACUAUAUUAUUGCAAUUGGCUAUGAAUAAUACGUUGCAUGUGCCAAAUAUUAAAAAAACAAAUCCAAUAAUCAAUAAAAGUUUGGACAUUGGAAGGAAGAAAAAUAAAUGAAUAAUUAAUUUGGGCUUGACGAUCGACAAAUUAAAUUUGUAAGAUGUUAUAUGUAAGUGUACGUAUGUUCAGCGAUUGUUUCAAGUUGGGAUGUUUGCUUUCACGUUGGCAUCGGCCGCUUGGCUAAUAAAUGUUACUGUAUAUUUCUAA